AUGAGGAAACCUCGGAGGAGGUCCCGGCAGACUUUAGAAGGAAGACGUUCUCCUUCACCAUACAGCUUGAAAUGCUCACCCACCCGAGAGACUCUGACAUACGCCCAGGCUCAGCGAAUAGUGGAAGUUGAUAUUGAUGGCCGUCUCCAUCGCAUCAGCAUUUAUGAUCCUCUAAAGAUCAUCACAGAGGAUGAGCUAACCGCCCAGGACAUCACAGAAUGUAACAGCAACAAAGAAAACAGCGAACAACCACUUUUUCCUUCAAAAUCCAGGAAAAAUCAGUGCAAAGGCAAAAAAAAAGAGACGUGCACCAAACAUGCUUCUGGAGCAUCUUUCCCUCUACCACAGCCCAACUUUCGCAUGAUUGACUCUUUCAGCCAGCUGGAUGCUCCACCCUUGCCUUCAGCUUACUAUCAGUAUAUUGAGAAACCACCCGAGGAUGUUGAUGCUGAAGUGGAGUAUGAUUUGGAUGAGGAGGAUUUGGCCUGGCUUGACAUGAUCAACGAAAAAAGGAAGAAUGAUGGGUAUGGGUCAAUUUCCGCAGAGACUUUUGAAUUGCUACUGGAUCGUCUGGAGAAAGAGUCAUAUUUGGAGAGUCGUAAUAAUGGAGCCCAGCAGACCAUGAUAGAUGAGGAUGCUGUUUGUUGUGUUUGCAUGGAUGAUGAAUGUCACAACAGCAAUGUCAUUUUGUUUUGUGACAUCUGCAACUUGGCUGUGCACCAGGAGUGUUAUGGCGUUCCCUACAUCCCUGAGGGACAAUGGCUUUGUCGCUGCUGCCUACAAUCCCCUUCCCACCCUGUUGACUGUGUCUUGUGUCCAAACAAAGGUGGAGCAUUCAAACAGACCAGUGAUGGUCACUGGGCUCAUGUUGUUUGUGCCAUCUGGAUCCCAGAAAUUUGUUUUGCAAACACUGUGUUUCUGGAACCCAUUGAGGGAAUAGAAAACAUCCCACCUGCCCGCUGGAAACUAACUUGCUACAUCUGCAAGCAGAAGGGCAUGGGAGCAGCUAUCCAGUGCCACAAAAUGAACUGCUACACUGCUUUCCAUGUUACCUGUGCCCAGAGAGCUGGUCUCUUCAUGAAGAUUGAGCCCAUGAGGGAGACCAGCCUCAAUGGCACUACGUUCACUGUGCGCAAAACUGCUUUCUGUGAGGCGCAUUCCCCUCCUGGCACCAUGAAAAAAGGACACGCAACUACUCUUCAUGAAGGAGAGGAGGACAUUGUAAAGAAUGAGACAAUGGAGAGGGGCAGUCCCAGAAAUAAGAACAAAGUAAAUUGGAAGCAAAAGGUGAAAAAGGAAAGCAGUGCUUCUGUGCCUCUGCUAAUGGUCACACAGAUCCCUUCUUACCGGCUGAAUAAAAUCUGCAGUGGACUCAACUUCCAGAGAAAGAAUCAGUUCAUGCAGAGGCUGCACAAUUAUUGGCUAUUGAAACGUCAGUCAAGAAAUGGUGUACCACUGAUACGGAGGCUACACUCUCACUUACAGUCCCAAAGAAAUGCAGAACUGAAGGAGCAGGAUGAAAAGACGAGCGCCGUAAAAGAAGAACUUAAAUAUUGGCAGAAACUUCGACAUGACCUAGAAAGAGCACGGCUGCUCAUUGAAUUAAUUCGUAAACGUGAGAAACUCAAACGUGAACAGGUAAAGAUUCAGCAAGCUGCUAUGGAGUUACAGCUCACACCAUUCAAUGUUCUUAUGCGCACAACACUGGAUCUACUGCAGGAAAAAGAUCCAGCCCAGAUCUUUGCAGAUCCUGUAAACCUGAGUGAGGUUCCAGAUUACCUGGAAUUCAUUUCCAAGCCAAUGGAUUUUUCUACCAUGAGGAAGAAGCUGGAGUCCCACCAGUACCAAACACUGGAUGAAUUUGAAGAAGAUUUUAACCUCAUCCUUGCCAAUUGCAUGAGGUAUAAUUCUAAAGACACAAUUUUCCAUCGAGCAGCUGUCCGGCUCAGAGAUCUUGGAGGUGCAAUAUUACGCCAUGCACGACGGCAAGCUGAGAAUAUUGGCUUUGACCCCCAAGUGGGGAUUCAUUUGCCUGAAUCUCCAAAGACAGAAGAUUUUUAUCGUUUUUCUUGGGAGGAUGUUGACAACAUUCUUGUUGCUGAGAACCGAGCUCAUCUUUCCUUGGAAGUACAACUGAAGGAACUAUUGGAAAAGCUGGACCUGGUGAGCACCAUGAGGUCAAGCGGUGCCCGAACCCGUCGCGUUCGACUCUUGAGACGAGAAAUCAACUCUGUCAGGCAAAAGCUGUCUCAGCAGCAGAGUAAAGCCGUGCCAAAUGGAGAAUCGGCUCCAUGGGAAGAAGGUCUUGAAAAAAUGCUGCACAGUGAUGAAGACAGGGAGAAAGAGAAAGGUAGUAGGGAUGACACCAAGCCCCCACUUCCCCCUACCCUGGAGCCCACAGGACCUGCACCCUCCCUAUCGGAGCUGGACUCUCUGCAGGACCCUCCAACUCUCAAACCCAUUAGCGAAAGCAAGUCCUUGAACAGACUGCAUAAACGGCUGAAGUCCGAGGGUGAGCUCUUUGAUAAGAAGACGCUGCAGAGGGAGAGCCACCACGCCUUCCAGCGCUUGCUCAGCGACAACGGCCUGAAUGGAUUGGCCCUUCAGGCUACGGGCACUUCUGCCAGCCCCCCGUUUAGUGGAGUGGGCAGGCGGACUUCUGUCCUUUUUAAAAAAGCCAAGAACGGGGUGAAACUACAAAGAGAUCUGGACUGUCCCCUUGAGAAUGGAGAGGACCACGGCCAAAGUGGGCAGCUCUCCCCCUCCAGCAUAGAGGGUGAGCAGCCAUCUCGGAAACAGCCACAGAGUGGGAGCUACAGCGAGAGCGAUGACGAGAAAUCCCCCAGGCAGGCAGGAGUGACAGCUGUGACCAAUGGCUUCAAGAAGCAUACAGAAAGUGGGUCUGAUUCAGAAUGUAGCUCUGGACGGGGCAGCGGUCUUUCAUUGGACAUAUGCAGUAGUCCGCCACCACAUAAACGUAGCCGAGGAAAGCCUGCUCUUACACGGGUCCCUUUUCUGGAUGGUGUAAAUAAAGAUUUGGCAUAUAGCAACUCAGGAAGAAACUUGCUGAUGUCAUUUGAAGAACACGCUGACCUAGAACCUCUGGAGCUUGUGUGGGCAAAAUGUCGUGGCUAUCCUUCUUACCCAGCGCUGAUCAUUGAUCCUGAGAUGCCACAAGAGGGCCUCCUUCACAAUGGAGUCCCAAUCCCUGUCCCCCCUCUGGAAGUGCUAAAAUUAGGUGAGCAGAAGCAAGCGGAGACUGGAGAAAAACUUUUCCUUGUCCUUUUCUUUGACAACAAGAGGACAUGGCAGUGGCUUCCACAAGAAAAAGUUCUUCCUCUUGGAGUAGAUGACACUGUGGAUAAACUCAAGAUGCUGGAAGGACGGAAAACCAGUAUCCGCAAGUCUGUCCAGGUUGCAUAUGACCGUGCAAUGAUUCACAUGAGCCGCGUUCGGGGAGACCAUCCUUUCGUCACACCCAAUUAUCUGUAGGAAACCUGCUCUACCCAUCCUGUAGGAAGUAAUGUCUGCAUCUGCAGGCAAAGUGGAUCAACUAUAUCCUGAGGAAUAUGGUAUUUUCCUGCCUACAGGAAAAUACAAUUGCCAUAUUUGCAUUCUUAGUAGAGACACGGUAUUUCCAACAGUAGGGAAAGUUCAUGUUACAUACUUGAUAUGUGCCAAAAAGUCUGCCUGGUUUCUUUCUGAACAUGUUUCCCAAAGGAUCCAGGUGGGAAAGAAGUGAUGUAGCAGCCUGACCUAGUAAGAAGAUGUUAGGAGCAGCUGCACUAUAAUGCUGCAACCCUGACAGAAUCUUAGAUAAUUUGCUGAUUGAACAAGAAGCCCUACCAGACUCUUGAGUUUUUAAACUUCAGCUAGUCCUGAAGCAGCUGUGGAGUUUAUUGCUUCUGUUAUGAAUUGAGGGUCUUUUUGAUGACUCUUGUGUGCCAAAUGUUCACUAAUAUUCCCCAUAUAUUUUCAUGUUAUUUUUGAAAAACACUGGUCCCCCUCCCCCUUUCAAUUAAAUUUGCAACCCUGUGUAGAAAUCUCUAAAUUUGUAUAUGCUUUUAUG